AUGGAGGCACCUAAGGCUCAUAAUGGGGAUCUUACAGCCAGGGAGACCUGCAAAGCUGGAUUCUCCGAAGAAGAUUACACGGCAUUAAUCUCCCAGAAUAUUCUGGAAGGAGAGAAGGUCCUCAAAGUCAAGUUCAGCAGCUGUCUGGGGACCAAGGGGACGCAGUAUGAGACCAACAGCAUGGACUUCAAAGUCGGGGCAGACGGGACAGUCUUCGCCACCCGAGAACUGCAGAUCCCCUCGGAGGAGGUGGCCUUCACUGUGACGGCGUGGGACCGCCAGACCGCCGAGCGAUGGGAUGCCAUGGUGCGGCUGCUGGUGGCCCAGACCUCAUCCGCACUCCCUGGACACAAGCCCCAGAAAGGGAAGAAGGCUGCAGCCCCCGACCCCGCUGGACCGCUCAACGACACCCUGCUGCCGUGGCCCCAGCAUCAGCACGCCAAUGGGUUGAGGCGACAGAAACGGGACUGGGUCAUCCCACCCAUCAACGUGCCAGAAAAUUCACGUGGGCCCUUCCCACAGCAGCUCGUGAGGAUCCGGUCCGACAAAGACAACGACAUCCCCAUCCGAUACAGCAUCACGGGCGUGGGUGCCGACCAGCCCCCCAUGGAGGUCUUCAGCAUCGACUCCAUGUCUGGCCGCAUGUACGUCACGCGGCCCAUGGACCGGGAGGAGAGAGCCUCCUACCAUCUCAGAGCCCAUGCCGUGGACAUGAACGGCAACAAGGUGGAGAACCCCAUCGACCUGUACAUCUACGUCAUCGACAUGAACGACAACCGGCCCGAGUUCAUCAACCAGGUCUACAACGGCUCGGUGGACGAGGGCUCCAAGCCAGGCACCUACGUGAUGACAGUCACGGCCAACGACGCUGAUGACAGCACCACGGCCAACGGGAUGGUGCGGUACCGGAUCGUGACCCAGACCCCACAGAGUCCGUCCCAGAACAUGUUCACCAUCAACAGCGAGACGGGGGACAUUGUGACAGUGGCAGCUGGCCUGGACCGAGAGUAUGCAGGGGAAGUCCCCGAAAACCGGGUGGAGACGGUGGUCGCAAACCUCACCGUGAUGGACCGAGACCAGCCCCACUCGCCCAACUGGAACGCAGUCUACCGCAUCAUCAGCGGGGACCCCUCGGGGCACUUCAGCAUCCGCACGGACCCUGUCACCAACGAAGGCAUGGUCACCGUGGUGAAGGCUGUCGACUACGAGCUGAACAGAGCAUUCAUGCUGACCGUGAUGGUGUCCAACCAGGCGCCCCUGGCCAGCGGGAUCCAAAUGUCCUUCCAGUCCACGGCAGGGGUGACCAUCUCGGUCAUGGACGUCAAUGAAGCCCCCUACUUCCCCUCGAACCACAAGCUGAUCCGCCUGGAGGAGGGCGUGCCCACUGGCACCGUACUGACCACAUUUUCAGCAGUGGACCCCGAUCGCUUCAUGCAGCAGUCCGUGAGAUACUCAAAGCUGUCGGACCCGGCAAACUGGCUGCACGUCAAUGCCACCAACGGUCAGGUCACCACGGCGGCCAUCCUCGACCGCGAGUCCCUCUAUGUCAAAAACAAUGUGUAUGAGGCCACGUUCCUGGCAGCUGACAAUGGGAUCCCCCCAGCCAGUGGCACCGGCACCCUGCAGAUCUAUCUCAUCGACAUCAAUGACAACGCCCCUGAGCUGCUGCCCAAGGAGGCGCAGGUGUGCGAGAAGCCCAGCCUGAACGCCAUCAACAUCACCGCAGCCGACGCCGACAUGGACCCCAACGUCGGCCCCUACGUCUUCGAGCUGCCCUUCGUCCCAGCUACUGUGCGCAGGAACUGGACCAUUGCCCGCUUAAACGGUGACUACGCCCAGCUCAGCCUGCGCAUUCUGUACCUGGAGGCCGGGAUGUACGAUGUCCCCGUCAUCGUCACAGACUCUGGGAACCCCCCCCUGUCCAAUACAUCCAUCAUCAAAGUCAAGGUGUGCCCCUGUGAUGAGAACGGCGACUGCACCACCGUUGGCGCCGUGGCGGCUGCCGGCCUGGGCACUGGGGCCAUCGUGGCCAUUCUCAUCUGCAUUGUCAUCCUGCUGACCAUGGUCCUGCUGUUCGUCAUGUGGAUGAAACGGCGGGAGAAGGAGCGUCACACGAAGCAGCUGCUUAUCGACCCCGAGGACGACGUGCGUGACAACAUCCUCAAAUACGACGAGGAGGGCGGCGGUGAGGAGGACCAGGACUACGACCUCAGCCAGCUGCAGCAGCCGGAGGCCAUGGAGCACGUCCUGAGUAAGGCAGCUGGCGUGCGGCGGGUGGAUGAGCGGCCUGUGGGUGCCGAGCCCCAGUACCCGGCCAGGCCUGUGGUGCCCCACCCGGGGGACAUCGGUGACUUCAUCAAUGAGGGACUUCGAGCAGCCGACAACGACCCCACAGCGCCCCCCUACGACUCCCUGCUGGUCUUCGACUACGAAGGCAGCGGCUCCACGGCGGGCUCCGUCAGCUCGCUGAACUCGUCCAGCUCGGGGGACCAAGACUAUGACUACCUGAACGACUGGGGACCCCGGUUCAAGAAGCUGGCGGACAUGUACGGGGGCGGCGAGGACUAGCCAGCCGCACAUCCCCGACCACAGUGGGACCAGCACUCAGAAGAUGCCGGAAGAGCAGGACAGCAGGGGCUGCGGGCCUUCCCGACCCCCUGCGGACGUGUCACUUAGUGGUGUGCUCGGGGUCCUUCCCCGCCCCAGCCCCCCAACACUGAGCUGUCUGGCAUGAACACGUCUCGCCCCCUGGCGCACCCCGCCGCCCAUCACGGUAGCUGACUCAUCACUAAAGGAGAGCGAGAGGCACUCUGUCUUAACUUGAAUUUCUUAGAACAGAAGCACUGUUUUUAAAAUAUAUAUAUAUACACACAUAUAUAUAUAUAUGAAAGUGCCUUUUGGUACAUGUAUCAGUUUCCCUCAAACUCAGGAGUGACUGAAGCAGACAGACCAAGGCCCCCCCAAGUCCUGAGCACCCUGACCCCAGCUCGUCCCAGCUCUGAAGGCACCAAUUAAGGAAUCGGGGAGAAUCUUUUUUUUUUUUGUCUUUUAUUAAGAAAAAAACUGGGUGAUUCGCUUGACAAAACUUACAAAGAAAAAAAUAGUUUGGGGUCCAAAUUGCAACAGCCCUCCGUGUUCCUGUGCUGUGCUAUACGCAGUGGGGAAGUCUCCUGGGCCCCUUGGGGGUCCCCGAGGCCGGCGGGAAGCGGGGAGGCCCAGCCUUGACUCCGGCAGCAGGGUGUCCCCUGGAGCUGGCCAAGCCCAUGACCAAAGGCACCGCCGUGGGGGGGUGGUUUUCCCUUAGUUUUGGCCACCCCGACUCCCAGAUGCUGUAAAUAGCUGGGGCAGGUGGGGUUCCUAGGGGCUGUCCCUGAUGCUUCCAUCUCUGACCUUGGCUGUCCCCCAGGUCCCCCCAGUCAACCAUUAGGUCUCCCUGCAGGCCCAACUGUCACCCCGAACACCACCCAGGUCCCCACUGCCUUUGGUCCAAGAAGCCACAGCCCAAACCAGCGAGCAUCCCUCGAAACCCUGGCCUGAGCCCUCCACCCCUCCAGACCGGACCCUGUCAAAGGCACAGCGAACAGGCACCACCCAGGCCCGACCGCCCCCAGCGCCGCCGGCUGCUGUCCCAGGAGCUGUCCAGGCUGCAGUGCAGGCUCCUCCUGUUCCCGGGGCCUCGGCAGCCUCUCUCCCUGCCCCACCCUGCUGGACCAGUUUUCCGAUGUGAACCAAUUUGGACAGCAGCAAUCUGCUGCAAGUGGCCGGAGAGACCGUCCUUGCUGUCCAUCAGCCCCACAGAUGCUUCUGGACGCACCGGCUGGAGACAGCAGUCCAUCUCCUCUCCUGUGGACCCACGUCAGCACCAAGCAGCUUAUUCAGACGCUCAGAGCUGUAACUGCCCUUUCUAUGGGCAGCCUGACUCUCAAGCCAGAGGCCGGGGAGUCCGUUCCACAGGAUGGUGGAAGGGGCUGUGUCCCAGGGACCCCGUGGGGAGCCUCCCUGGGUGUGGCGGCACCGCAGGCCAGCGGGAGGCAGGCGCCCUCACAGGGGGAUCCUUGCGCCUGGCCCACUCUCUGGCUCCCCGAGGAACGGUGAAUGGUGCCACUGGCCUGGCAGGACUUGGCAUCAGAGCCCCCCCUGGGGGAAGGGAGCCCCAGCGCUGACGGAAGAGGCUGGCCAGCCUCACCUGGCCUGGAACCCUACCCCCAGCAGAUCCUGGGUUUAGGGAGGAGCCUGGGGAGGUGGGGUGAGGCUGCUGCGUUCACCCCCGUUCUCUGUCUGGGGGUCCUUGAGCCACACCUCAGCCUAUGGCCCGUCCCCGUUGCUGUCGUCAUCCUCUUUUCUAAGCAGCUUUGGCCUCAAAUAUGAACUUGACUGCAGGCGUGUGUGCUAUGCGCGUGGGUGUGUCCCCGUUGGACGUCAGGGUUCUUCCCCAAACCAAAUGCGUCACCCACGUUGUGCUCUUUCCCGGGGCGGAGCUGGGGCUCCGUGCUGCGGCGUGGCCCGAGGCGGGCUCUGUCCAUUCGGCCCCCAUCCAUGGCUGCCCAGGGAGGGGCUGUGGACAGAGGAGGAGGUGGUCGUGUCACAAGCUGGAUGUCCCCCCCCCCAGGCGGACAGCUAUCUCACACACAUCAGGGGCUCACCUGACAAGGGGAGGGGACCAGGACCCCCAGUCCUAAGCCGUGCUAUGCAAAUUGUGGGGGUCAGACAGAGGCGGCUUGUCCCAGUGUCGGGGCAGAGGCUGUUCUAGGGCUUGCUGGGGGGUCACGGCUGGUGGGAGGUGAGCUGGGAUGUUCUGUUUGGGCAAAGCCCAUCCCCCAGCCAAAGCUGUGUGACUACGGCUCAGGAGUGAGGCAGCUGUGUCCUCUUCUCUCUGAAAUCCCGAGGCCUCCUUGGGCCCCCCGGGCCUGGGGCUCACCUCAGGGAUGGCUGUGCCCAGCCCGGCCCGGCAGGACGCAGCCGGAUGACCCCUUGGUGACCCCUUCACUGCCCCUCCGCCUCGCGCCACUGGGGAGGACGCGGGUGUCCAUGUCACGUGCCUCCCUCUGGCUCCUCUCCCCUCACCCCUCUCCCCUUGCCUCUCGUCACUGCCAGGUCCCCGGUGCAUUUUGCCUAAAUAGUGCAGGCUGAGGCUGCAGCAGCCAGCUCGAGGGACAUCGCUGGGGGUCUUCUCAUGCCCAUCCGUACUUCCCAACAGCUGGACAGCUGCCCCCUCUCACUCCCACCCCAGGAAGCCCCUGGGGGCCAGAGAAAAACGGGGUUCCCACACACCCCCAGAUCCACCCCGGAACUCAGUUCCAAGGCCAACAAGUUAGCAUGAGCUAAACGUACAGUCAGUGCCAAACGUCUCUCUUAUUAGCCUGUAGAUAGGAUUAUCUGUGACCAGCUGCUGGAGGUGGGACUCGGUAACGGCAACGUGCUAGGGUGUGUGUCAGUUCCUUUAGGGGUUUUCUGUGACCACGAGAGUCCUGUGGGGUCAGGUCUAGUCGGGACACCCUGGCCGGGUCGGUGGCACCCCCAGCUGAUGCCACCGUGUCUGUCGGGAUCUCAGCACCCCAGGCCUGGCCAAGCAGGCCUUCUCUUCCUCGGGUCCCUCAGCACAUGCAAAGUGCGAGGCCUCCCACCACCCAAGUGUCAGGGUAACGUCCACUCACCAGGCCCAGAGAUGCCUCAGUUUCCCCAGGGUGAGCACCAGCUGCCACACGGUCCCUUGAGAUGACAGUUCUGUUCUCGCCAAGGUAAAAAGCUGGGGGAGAGGAGUCUCAAUUGUUGUCAAUGUUAAAAGGAGUAACACCAAAAAAAAAAAAACAAACACAAAAAACAAUAAAAUCUGUACCGAGUGUCACGUAGCUUGCAGCAGCGCGGUGUACAUAGGGGACGGCUCAGAGCAGCGGGCCCAGCGAGGAGCCGCCUUUCUGUAUAAUUGGAGCGUCUUCUUGCUUUUCCUUUCUCUCCUUUUUCCAUUCUUUUUUUUUUUUUUGCAUGUUUCUUUUUGAUAAUGGACAAAACGUGCAGCAGCCCGCAUGACUGUGGUUGUUUCGGGGAAAGAUACCGGAGUAUGAUGUGUUAACACUGCAUCACUGAGCAUCACGCAGUUAGACAAAUGUUCCGACUUUUUUUGUAAUCGUCAACAGCACAACUAUUUUGUAUUGUUGUUUGUAUCAUUUUGUACCAAAAAAAAAAAAAAAAGGAUAAAAAAGGGAAGCGCAUCGACGUUUUCAAUGUGUUUGUCGUGCCGGGCGCUCUUGGCUCCACGCUGAGAGCAGCUUUGCGGAGCUGUGUGUACUGGAUCCGAGGCGAGCACUGCUCAGAGGAGCGAAUAAAGUCCCCCUUUUAAAGA